AUGGGGCUUGGCACAUGGGCCUGGGGUAAUCAAUUCCUCUGGGGAUAUGAAGAAAAGAUGGAUGGGGAGCUGCAGGAGCUGUUUAAUUAUGCACUCAGCAAGGAUGUCAGUCUGUUUGACACUGCAGACAGCUAUGUUGAUGCAGGCACGGGGCGCUUGAAUGGGCGCAGCGAGCAGCUCUUGGGCAGAUUCAUAGCGGAGAGCCCCACAAAACGAAGAGAUGAUGUGCUGAUCGCUACCAAAUUUGCAGCUUACCCAUGGCGUGUCACACCUGGGCAGUACGUCAGCGCAUGCAGGGGUUCUUUGAGGCGGCUGGGGCUUAAUCAGCUGGCAUUGGGGCAGCUGCAUUGGAGCGUGGCCAAGUAUGCUCCUCCACUUGAGCGGGCUCUCUGGGACGGCUUGGCAGCCAUCUAUGAUGAGGGUUUGGUGAAGGCAGUGGGUGUAUCAAAUUAUGGCCCUAGGCAGCUGGAGAAGAUUCACACAUAUUUGACAGACAGGGGCGUGCCGCUUGCUUCUGCUCAGGUACAAUUUUCGUUGCUCAGCAAGGGGCCGCAGCAACAAGAUAUCAAGGACGUUUGCCAAGCCCUUGGAAUCCAGCUCAUUGCGUACUCUCCCCUGGGCUUGGGGAUGCUGACUGGCAAGUACAGUGCCACAGGCAGAUUGCCAAAGGGGCCCAGAGGCCUUUUGUUCAGGCAGAUUCUGCCCGGCAUUCAGCCCUUGUUGAACACCAUGCAGGCCAUUGCGGAUGAGCGGAACAAGUCGGUCUCUCAGGUUGCUGUGAAUUGGUGCAUUGUCCAAGGGACAAUACCGAUUCCUGGCGCUAAGACUCUCAAGCAUGCCAAGGACAACAUAGGCUCGCUCGGCUGGUCACUGAAGCAGGCUGAGGUGGACGAACUGAACAGCCUAGCUGACAGUGUACCUCAAGCCAUGGUCCAGAAUGUGUUUCAAACUAAAUGA